UCCUCUGUGUUACGUUUGGGGAAGUUGCUCAAUAUCGGAAAUUUUACAAAACUGCGGGCAAAAUAUAAGUUUGCUGUUGUUCUGCUUUUCAGUGUGUUCAGAGAGGAAUAAUUAACACCCAGACAUAAACACGAUGUCAUCAUGACGGUCGAGUAAAAAGUUUUUGUCGGGAUAUCUCGCAGGAUGGACAAAUCGGUAACUUCCGCUACUUAUAUUCGUAACAUCAGUUAUGGUGUGCGUCGCCAGUUGUCGGAUUUUUUGGAUCCUCAGGACAGCUGGAAAGAUGUAGUGGUGUCUAUAAAGAAACCCAGUGGAGAGCCCAGGUACAGUCAGCAUCAUAUCAGGAGGUUUGAGCGUCUCGUGGCCCAGGGUCGGAGUCCCACCGUGGAGCUGCUCAAUGACUGGGGAACCACCAACAGCACAGUGGGUGAACUUGUGGACAUUUUGAAGAGUCACAAGUUACUGGCUGCUGCUAAUCUUUUGCUGCCUGACACAGUGGUAGAGGUGACAUCAGCAGAAACGCUGCAGAUCUCCUCAGCAGAAAGACACAGCGACCUUCCAACCAGACUACUGGAGGAGAGAGAACCGCAGCCGCCACCUGUCACCUCUAAUCUGCAGCCUCAGAUACCGCAGAACACCGAACCAGCACACACAGAGUUGUCCAGUUUCUUGUACAGUGAGCUGAGGAGGAUCACUGGAAAUUUUGAUGACCGCUCCCUGUCAGACGGCGGCAGCCGACUUGGAGAAGGAGGCUUUGGGACGGUGUACAAAGGUUUCCUGAACAACAGACCGGUCGCAGUGAAGAAACUCAAUCCAGUGGAUGACAUGCCACUGGACAAGCUGCAAGUUCAGUUCCACCAAGAGAUCCAAACUCUCAGCGUGUUGAAACACGAGAACUUGGUUGACAUGCUUGGGUUUUCCUGUGAUGAACAGCACCUGUGCAUAGUGUACGCCCUCAUGUCCAAUGGCUCUCUGCUGGACCGACUAGCUUGCUUGGAAGGAAGUCCUCCGCUGUCCUGGCACCAGAGAUGCUUGAUAGCAGAAGGAACAGCGAGAGGUUUGGAAUAUCUGCACUGCAACCAUCAUGUCCACAGAGAUGUUAAAAGUGCAAACAUCCUCUUAGACGAAAACUUUGUGGCUAAGAUCUCAGAUUUCGGGCUGACAAGAGCUUCGGCCAAUCAGACGUCGACAACUAUGAUGACGGAGAGGAUUGUUGGUACUUGUGCUUACAUGGCACCUGAGGCACUAAGAGGAGAGAUCACACCAAAAUCUGACGUCUUCAGUUUUGGAGUGGUGUUGUUAGAAAUAUUGUCUGGACUCCCGCCAUCUGAUGACAACCGGGAGCCACAGUUCUUGAUGGAUGUGAGGUAUGAAAUAGAUGAUGAAGAUGAGAAGCUGACUCUGGAGGAUUUUCUGGACAAAAAGAUGAGAGACUGGCAACUGAGCCACGCGGCGACUAUCUACUCUCUGGCCUGUCACUGCCUGCAUGAUAGGAAAAACAGACGACCAGUCAUCAAACAGGUUCUUUCAGAGAUUCGUGGAGUUGUCAAAAGCGUUUCACUGGAGUCAGACGUGUGACUGAAGCAGAGCAUCCUGGGGAUUUCUCAGCCAUCUCGUCAGAGCACACUGACAAAUGUAUUUUUAUUUGCAGCGGUUUUAUAUGAAUGAAUGUUUCUUGUUGACUGUGAUGAACCAAAAUAUUUUUACAUCAGAUUUUGUAAUAAAAAAAAAUCCUGUGUCCUGUA